AUGAUUUAGUAAUUGAAUUUAAAGUUAAAAUGUUAAUAGGAUGAUCAUUAAGAUGAGAUAGACAUAGUUUGUUAUAAUUAAUUUUGUACAGAAUUCAGAUUAAAUUGUUUUAAAUGUUAAAAAAAAGGAAGAAUCCAUCAAGAUCAUUUUGAUGAUGUUGAAAAAAUCAAUAGUUUAAUUGAAUUCAUUGAAAAUAAAAAUAAAGAAUGUGAUAAUUUAAUUGAUGAUCUUAACUAAUAAUUAGAAAGUGUGAAUCAAUCAUUUUGUUAAUUAAAAAUGGGAAUCAGAUAGAAAUAUUAAUUAUAUUAACAAAAAUUAGUACUUUUGAAUUCUUAAUAAAUAAAUGAUUUUUUGAAUUCUACAAUCAAAUUUAAUGAAUAUAAACAAUCAAUUACAACAAUCAUUGUAGAAUAGACUAAAAAAUUAACUAAUUCAUUUAAUAAUUUAUAUCAAUAAUUAUAAUUAUCAUCAUUUAAUUAUUAUAAAAAUGAUGAUAAUUGUAUUAAAAUAUCUGAAGAAUUAUAUUAAAAAGGUAUUAAUUAUAUUAUUAUCAUAUCUUAGGUUAUUAAUUAUAUAUGGAAGAUAAGUAUGAAUAGGCUAUUGCAAUAUUAGAUAAAUCAAUAUAAUAAAAUCUCAAUAACCAUAAUUCUUUAUGGUGUAAAGGUAUAUUGAAUUAUAAUUUAAUUAAUAGGUGCAUGUUUAGCAUAAUUAAAUUAAUAUGAAGAAGCAAUCAAAUGGGAGAUCCUAAGCAUGUUAGAUCCUUAUGUGAGAAAGGUAUAUUGAAUCAUAAUUUAAUUAAUAGGUGAAUGUUUAAGACUAAUGAAAAAAUAUAAUGAAUCCUUAAAAUUUAUAGAUUAAGCAUUAUCCAUUGAUUAACAACAUAUUCCUUCUCUAUAGACUAAAGGUGCCUAUUAUAUUUGUUAUUUUUAGGAGAUUGUUUAAGGGAUUAAUUAAAAUAUAAAGAAGCUUUGAUAUAUUAUGAAAAAUCAUUAAAAAUAAACCCAAAUAAUCAAUAUUCAAAGAAUUAAAAGAGUAUAUUUAACAUAUUAGAUUAGAUUUUUGUGAGAAUAAAUUAAAGCGAUGA